AUGAUUCUAGUUGGUGUUCUAUACGAGUCAGAUAAAGUUCGCCAGUCGUCUCGUGUUAUAGAGUGUCUUCUUGCUGACCCUUUGUCUGCUAAUAACGAAAAUUGGUAUCGGCCAUUGGCCAACAGGUCCAUGGAACAAAAUAACCUCAUCACAUACACUGAACCCGAUCCAAAAGAAUUCAUUCUACCUGGAGCUUUCGAAAGGACUGUAGGAAAGUAUGUUGUCCCAUCACCAAUACUCAGUCCAGAACUCAGACGAACGUACCGCGAGAUAUUUGAGCCUCUGGAGUCUACACCCAAUAGCUUGGCAAUCCUCGAGAUCAACAAGGAGAGUGAUGUCCACAAACUAACCGACAAUUGCCAAUUCUUCAUUUAUGUCACUAGCGAGUUCUCCACCCUCAUGGAUAACCUUCCUCGUCAUGUGCAAAAGAAAAUAAUGCUUACAAUCAUCGACAACACUGAAUUCUCUCCACUGUCUGCCGAACUGACCCCAGUCACCUUUGAACGCUCAAAUGCCGUCACACAUCAUUCCAUUAAGAUCAACUCUCAAGAAGCUUACAGUGGAAUUGAACUAUUUUUAAAGGAAGACACAAGGGCAGCUUCAGAGUACUUCGACUCGUUGCAAAAUAGUAACAUAAUUGAGGUCGGGAAGUUUUUGUCGUGGAAUCUUCGAACGGAGAACUUGACAUCCUGGAUGUUUCACAUCAUUUGCACUGAGAUCGCCCGCAACAGUCUCUCAGAAACGAGAAUUAAACAGAUCUACGAAGACCUUAAACUUAACAGUUUGGUUGAAUGUAGCCGUGCAAUGCACACGGAACUUCAAAAAGAUUUUAUUCCUCAAACUGACCGUUUUUUUAACAGAAAGCUCAGGUGGUGGAUGUUAUACUGGAGGAAUGAUAAUGUCGAGUACUGGCUUAAGGACUUUUUCCUGGAAAAUUUUAUGCCAAAAGGUAUAGAGAGUUACAACUACGUCCGAGGUCAACUUACAGCCAGGCUUCAAGAGCAAAAGUUUGCUGUUUACUCUGACAAAGUGGGCGUGAUCAAUCCUUUGAAGGCGUUCAAAAGAGACCUUAUAAAUGAACGCAUCGCCAAUGAGAUACAACCAAUCGUAUACAGCUGCUUAGCUGGCGCGUUUGUAUAUUACCAGCUUCCGUUGACUGUAUUGUCGGUCUUGGGUUAUCUAUUCGUUGGUCUUCAAGCCAACACUGCAUUUGCUAUCGGUCUCCUAGGCUGGGUUUUAGGAUUUAAUCACGUUUCUCGUGAGUGGGACCAUUUUACCAAAAAGUGGCGUGCUGAACUUUACGAGCAGGUGAGGAUAGUAAUAAGUAAAGGCUGCAUUGACGAAGGGCUUCUCAAAGAGCUAGACUCUAGAUUUGAAGAGAGCAUGAUGCUAGCCAUGAUCAAGAAGCAAGUAUUGGAAUCCCUCAAAAAGUAUCAAUAG